AUGAGGAUCUUUCUACUAUAUGCGAGUUUGGUGCUUGUUUUGGGGUCUUCUUGUGGCCCAGCGAUAGUGCGGUGCGUAACGACCCUGGAUGUCUCAAAAAGCGGAUUUUCUAUCGAAAUGAUUAUCACCAAGUUGCAAGUGCUCGAGUAUCACAUUCUGAAGACGGAUGUGAAAAUGGACGACGAAUCCAACUAUACUUCCUGCCGGUCCAUUCCAUUUAAGAAAACCGGAAUAUACCAGAUUCAACCGGAGAAACCUUUCAAGGAACCAAUAACUGUAUUGUGUGAUCAAGACUACAGUUCUGGAGGAUGGACAGUGAUUCAGCAUCGUUUCGAGGGUUCUGUGAUUUUCUACCGUGGCUGGCAGGAAUACAAGAACGGGUUCGGUAGUUUAGAGGGCGAGUUCUGGUUGGGGUUGGAUAGCAUCCAUCAGUUGACGGCCUCGAAGCCACACGAGCUGGUGAUACUGCUGGAGGAUUACAAUGGCAACAAGACAUACGCGAAUUAUGAUCGCUUUGAGAUUGGAGAUGAGGGCCAAAAGUAUGCCUUAAAGACACUUGGCGUCUUUUCCGGUACGGCUGGAGAUUCUUUAGGUGCACAGAAGGGAAUGAAGUUCACCACAUUAGACGCUGAUAACGACAGAUGGGUGAAAAACUGCGCUGUUGAGUUCACUGGAGCCUGGUGGUAUGCAGCUUGUCAUGAAAGCAAUUUGAAUGGCCAGUAUUUGCGUGGUGACACGGAUCAAUAUGCGACCGGAAUGGUGUGGAAGUCGUUCCGGGGAUUAUAUCAUUCAUUGAAAUCAUCGAAGAUGAUGAUACGACCGAAGGAAAUGUAAUAAAAUAGUUCACCUGUGACGAAAACCAAUCACUUUUGAAACUUCCUUUCGUAACUAACGAACGGCGUAACAAAAGAUAAAAAACGUGCAAUGUAUGGUAAGUCAAUCUGUACAUUUGGGAAUUAUAACAAUAAAGCAACGGCCUUCAUACGUUUAUUCGUAAAUCAAAUUUCACAAUUAUCGAUUCAAGCUAUACAAAAACAAAAAUUCGUUGAUGGUGACGUGGAAUACUUUAACACUAAGUUUACAACAGUUUCUGACGUCAAAUUAACGGGAUUUAU